GAGGCCGAAGGUGAUGUUCACCAGAACAGGUCACCUGCCCAUCACGAGGCCACAGAAUCACAUUCACGGCUGGAGAAAAAAAUCAUCCAGUGAUCCACAGAGCGUAUUUCUGGACUGUGAGAGCGCGCGAGGAAAAGUCACGCAUGCACGAGGAGGACACGCAAACGAACCGACCGGGAUUUGAACUGGUGCCUACACGCUGUGACAACAACGCUGUGAGUUCUGAGGAAAAAAAUGUAGAUUAAAAAAAAUGAAGAUUGAAGAAAGUAAAAUGAUUUUUUCUAAGAACUCUAAAUCAAAUGGACAGAAAAGCAAUCAUGGUCGUUCUUUUGUAGGUGAACAUCAUAAACAGAUUUCACACCAGUUUAUUUCCACUUCCGGCUGAGUUAAGACAUGAAGUAAAUGGAGGAUCAUCAACGAUUCUGGUGUCGGUUUCAUUCAAAUUAAACCUCCGGUGUUGGUCAGAGAACUUCGAGCCGCUGUCCGUGGUGCUGAAGCAGCUCUGCCAAUUUUACCACCUAAAAAAGGAAAACACAUCAGUUAAAGAUGGGAAACUCAGCUGCAGCCCGAACGUGUAUAAAUGAAUAUUGGAAAAAUAGAUGAAUUUAAAACAUUUCUUUAAAUCAGUAUCUGCUUUGUGUUUUUCACUAAGUCUUGGGAAUUAAAGCUCAGGCUUCAAUACUUGCACUGUUUUAAAGGUAGAACAGAGACAUUUUGCGUCUGUCUUGGUUUACGCAGCGCUUCCAGAACUGAUCCGGACUCUUUGUCUCCAUCUUCAUGGAUGAGGCCCCAGCGCGGGUUCGUCUCCUCCUGCUGGCCUCACCUGAAAACGCACUCUGGUGUUUUCAAACGGUUUCAGACUGGAGGCGCGCGAAAGAUACUGGACGUCUACUUGAAGUGUAGCGCAAAGACAAUAAAGUACAAGCAUCACAUUCCCUUAAGGUCCUUUCACUUUUUCCGGACGUAUACAGAAACCAACGCGCACGAGCGGGACUCAAAUUAAACAGCAUCAGGAAGAAGAAUUCAUCAACUGAGUCAAAGCUUUGUCUUUACAUGAUUGUAGUUGUGUUAUUUAAUGGAGUGUGUCUGCUGUCACCCUGCGUGAUGCUCUGAGCCACACGCACGUUGAGCAAUCUGACUGCCAGGUUACAGUUAAUGGUUCUUUAAAAUAAUAAUAAUCAUCAUCAUCAUCAUCAUCAUCAUCAUAAUAAUAACAGUGGGCGGGGUCAGAUCUGAUCUCUAAAUCUGAAACACCUCCAACGUGGGGGGUGUGGCUGACGGGUGGAGGUGCUGCGCCGCUGGGGGGUGAAUGACGUCCGUGGGCUUUAAAGCAGGCGCAGGCUGCAGACACGGACCGUGACGCGCCUGCUGUGGAUGCUUUGCACGCAGCAGACCGGUAGGAUGUAGGAAGGAGAGCUGACGGACGAUGUGAAGUCAUGACUUCUUUCAUUUGAGUUAGAGCUGGAGACAAAAUCCGCUGUGGUUCUUUCCAUAAAUACAGGAAACGUUCAGGUAUUUUAGCACUUUGUGGAGUUUUGCUAACACUGUAAUUGUAGCACAAAUGCAUGGAAUCGCAUGAUCAAAUAUGUUUGCAUUCCUACUGAUGUGCUGGACCCGCUCCUGCAGGAUCAUGGAUGUGACAGCGGACAGUCUGGACGAAGGAGCUCUCAGAAAUGUCCUGCUGACCUCCGUGACUCUCCUGCUCGCCUUCCACCUGUGGCUGUGGAUCCGCCGGCGCCCCACCCCCCGCCUCCCCGGCCCGUUUGCCUGGCCGCUGAUCGGGAACGCUGCGCAACUUGGCAACGCUCCUCACCUGUACUUCAUGCGCAUGGUGAAAAAAUACGGCACCGUCUUCCAGAUCCAGCUGGGCUCGCGCGCCGUGGUGGUGCUGAACGGAGACUCCAUCAGACAGGCGCUGGUGAAGCAGGGACCGGACUUCGCCGGCAGACCCGACUUCACCUCCUUCCGCUUCAUCGCCAACGGGGACAGCCUGGCCUUCAACACCGUCUCGGACUGGUGGAAGACGCACCGCAGGGUCGCGCACUCCACCGUGCGCAUGUUCUCCACGGGGAACCCGCAGACCAAGAAGACUUUUGAGCAGCACGUCCUCUCUGAAUUCAAAGAGCUGCUGGGGCUGUUUGUGGCAAAAACGCGCGAGGUGCAGUUUUUCCAGCCCAUGACUUAUCUCGUGGUGUCCACGGCCAACGUGAUGAGCGCGGUCUGCUUUGGGAAGAGGUACUCCUAUGAUGAUGAAGAGUUCCGACAGGUGGUUGGCAGGAAUGACCAGUUCACCCAAACCGUGGGCGCUGGGAGCAUCGUGGACGUGAUGCCCUGGCUGCAGUACUUCCCCAACCCCAUCAAAACGAUCUUUGACAACUUCAAGAAGCUCAACAGGGAGUUUAGCGACUUCAUCCACGAUAAAGUAGUGGAACACCGGAAAACAAUGGAGUCCUGUACCAUGAGAGACAUGACAGACGCUUUUAUUGUGGCCCUGGACCAAAUCAGAAACAAAACAGGGGCUUUGAAAGACUAUGUGGUUCCGACGCUUGGAGACAUAUUUGGUGCAAGUCAAGACACCCUGUCAACUGCAAAGCAAUGGAUCAUCCUUGUUCUUGUCAAGUAUCCUGAGAUCCAGCAGCGUCUGCAGAAGGAGGUGGACAGAGUGGUGGGCCGCGAGCGCCUCCCCUCCAUUGAAGACCAGCCCCAGCUGCCUUACAUCAUGGCUUUCAUCUACGAAGUGAUGCGCUUCACCAGUUUCGUCCCCCUCACCAUCCCCCACUGCACGGUCACAGACACGUCUAUCAUGAGCUACCCCAUCCCCAAGAACACUGUGAUCUUCAUCAACCAGUGGUCCAUCAACCACGACCCCAGCAUGUGGGCCCACCCUGACACCUUUGACCCCGAACGCUUCCUGGACCCGGAGGGAAAGCUGAACAAGGACUUGACCAGCAACGUGCUCAUCUUCUCUCUGGGGAAGCGGCGCUGCAUUGGUGAGGAGCUGUCCAAACUGCAGCUGUUUCUCUUCGUGGCAUUAAUCGCACACCAAUGCAACAUCACCACGCACCCUGAGAGGUCGCCCACCCUGGAGUACAGCUACGGCCUGACGCUGAAACCUCACGCCUAUGUCAUCGCAGUGUCUCUGCGGCAAGAUGCCACAGCGGCGCCGUGAGGGUUGAAGUCCCACUCACAAAACACCAGUGGAAAUAAACUACAGAAAGACUCAAACAUGAAGGCCGAAAGAAUCUGUGUGAAAGGAAAUGAGUUUGUCCUUCUAAAUAUGUAUUUAUGAACACAAAUCUCAAGCUAAAGUUUGUAUUAUUUAAAAAGUUCUGCUUCUGUUGUUCAUGACACAUGACUUCAACAGGAAGUUCUUUCCUCCUUGCUCAUUCAAAAGUCACUCAGAAGAUCUUGAGCUUUUUUGAGUCAUGGAAGCUGCAACUUUCCAUGACAAACACAAUCAAACAGGAUCUUUUAAAAACACACACAUGUGACAGUGCAAACUGGAAAAGGGGACAUAAAUAACGGAUCACACUUAUGAUCAACAGGAAGAGGCUCCUGCAUCAGCUUUUACCACUAAUCUGUAUGGACUGUAAAAGGUGAAAGAAAAUGCUUUUUUACAUUCAGGAUAAAAUAAAACGUUGCAUAAAAAGCUAUUUCUGAACAGCUGGAGUGUGUAAAGGAUGGUGAUGUGAAACUCAAACCCGAUGUUAACUGACUGUAAUGGUUAAAGCUGAAGGGAAAAAAAAGAAUAAACUGCCAUUUCUGCAUAACCAA